GGUCUUCUUCAACACAGCGCAAUAGAAACGAAUUUAUCACUAAUAACUUAAUUCAAUUCAUUUUAUUUUGAAGAGCCCAAAAUGGCAAACGAUAAAUUAGCGUUAGAGGGCUUUACGUCUGUACACAUAUACAGAAGAUAAGUCUAGUUAAUCCUACUUCACAGUGGAUUCCCCCUUAAAAUACAUUCUGAAUGAAUCGCUACGAAGAAGAGAAGAGGAAAGGAAACGAUGAGAGGAAAAACGAAUAAGGGGAACCCACGUUACUGCGCCAAAGAGGCUAACGACACAUGUAGCAUUGAGCUAACAAUACUGCUAUCGUCCCGUUUCACAUCCGUUUAGUGAGAGAAACGGGACGCGAGCACACUGUGACGUCACGCGGGUCCGGUUAGAGGAUACAGCGCCAGUUGGCCCGUUUCGUGGUUUCUUUCUCCGUCUGUCGCCGCCAUCGUGUUUGUUGUGUUUUUUACUAAAUGACGUUUCCGGAUAAGAAGAUGCACUUCCGGUGUGCUGUCAAACUCAGCUGCGCGUGUCUCUCUGUCUCAGUCCGUCUGAUCGGAUCUGCUGGUUUUGCUGGGAUCAGAACCACACCGUGACGUCACGCGUCACGCGCACUUCUGAAGAGAUCGUUUACUUGACGUAGUCUUUAAUUUUUUAAUCGCUGUCUCCGAAGAUCCGAACCGAACCGGACUUGCGGACUCCCGCCGCGUUCAAGGACCCGCCGACAAAUACACUACCUGUACGUGUACUUGUACUCCCGUACGUGUACUUGUACAUGGCGGUGCCGAGGAGCGCCGGCACCCUGCGGGACCUCCAGCUGGCUCUGCAGCUGAAGAUAGAGGAGCUCCGGCAGAGAGACUCUCUGAUCGAUGAGCUGGAGCUGGAGCUGGACACCAAGGACGACCUCAUCCGCCUGCUGCAGGUGGAGCUGGACCGGCACCGCAGAGCCUCGCAGCAGGCGGCCAUCGCUGAGGAGACGGCCGGCACAGGAGCCCCGGCGGUCCCAGAUGAACCCCAACGCAUCAAAAGACAAGCGAUCUCCGCUGAGCCCACGGCGCUGGACCCCUCGCAGCUCACUGGUGUCACGCUCAAGAGCUACUGCAAGACCAAGGAGUCAAGUGAACGGAUCCAGAGGGCUCUAAUGGACAACGAAUUCAUGAAACAUCUGGAACACGGGCAGAUCCUCACCAUCAUGGACUGCAUGCACCCCACCAGCCUCACCAAGGGCUGCUGCGUCAUCCAGGAGGGGGACGACGGCUCCACCGUCUACGUCCUGGAGGAGGGAAUGGUGGAGGUGACCAAACAAGGAAAGAAGCUGUGCUCCAUCGGUGAGGGGAAGGUCUUCGGAGAGCUCGCCAUCCUCUACAACUGCACUCGCACUGCAACAGUCACAGCGCUGACCGACAUCAAGCUGUGGGCCAUCGACCGGCAGGGCUUCCAGACCAUCAUGAUGAGGACGGGUCUCAUCAGACACUCCCAGUACACCGACUUCCUCCGCAGCGUUCCCUCCUUCCAGUCGCUGCCGGAGGACGUCCUCAGCAAACUGGCCGAUGUUCUGGAGGAGACUCAUUACAGCGAUUCGGAUUACAUCAUCCGCCAGGGAGCCACCGGAGACACCUUCUUCAUCAUCAGUGACGGACAGGUGAAGGUCUCCCAGCAGAGCUCACCUGGGGACGAGCAGCUGGUGGUGAAGAUCCUCUCUAAAGGAGACUGGUUCGGAGAGCAGGCUCUGAAAGGCGAGGACGUCCGUACCGCCAGCCUCACCGCUGUGGGAGACGUCACGUGUUUGGUCAUCGACAGAGAGUCCUUCAAGCAGCUGAUUGGGGAUCUUGACGACGUCAACAGCAAGCAGAGUGACGGGGCCGAGGUGGAGGCCAGCAUUCAGGCAGAAGCAGACUUCUUCUCCAGAGUUUCCUUGAGUGAUUUUAACAUCAUCUGCACUCUGGGGAUGGGAGGCUUCAGCCGGGUGGAGCUGGUACAGCUGAAGAACGAUCCGAAUCCCAACCGAUCCUUCGCCCUGAAGGUUCUCAAGAAACGCCACGUCAAUGGACACCACCAACAGGGCCACAUCCUGUCAGAGCGCCGCAUCAUGAUGGAGGCUCACAGCCCGUUCAUCAUCAGGUUGUACCGGACCUUCAGAGACUCCAAGUACCUGUACAUGCUGCUGGAGGCGUGUCUUGGGGGGGAGCUGUGGACGCGGCUCAGAGACAGGGGGUCCUUUGACGACGGAGUCACCCGCUUCUACGCAGGCUGCGUGGUCGAGGCGCUGGGCUUCCUGCACUCCAGAGGGAUCAUCUACCGAGACCUGAAACCCGAGAACAUCAUACUGGACCACCGGGGAUACGCCAAGCUGGUGGACUUUGGUUUCGCCAAGAAGGUGGGUCUGGGUAAGAAGACGUGGACGUUCUGCGGGACCCCGGAGUACGUGGCCCCUGAGAUCAUCCUGAACAAAGGCCACGACAGCUCCGCCGACUGCUGGUCUCUGGGGAUCCUGGUUUUUGAGCUGCUCAGCGGCAGCCCCCCGUUCUCCGGCUCCGACCCGAUGCAGACCUACAACGUCAUCCUGAGGGGCAUCGACAUGGUCGAGUUCCCCAAGAAGAUCACCAAGAGCGCCGCCAACCUCGUUAAGCGCCUCUGCAGGGACAACCCUUCGGAGAGGCUGGGGAACCAGAAGAACGGAGCGAAGGACAUCCAGAAGCACAAGUGGUUCGAAGGCUUCAACUGGGACGGCCUCCGCCAGGGAACCGUGGCCUCGCCCUUCACCCCCACGGUGGACGGGCCGCUGGACAACAGCAACUUCGACUACUUCCCCGAAGACGGCGAGGAGCCCCCCCCCGACGAGGAGUCCGGCUGGGACGAGGAGUUCUAACGGAGGAGACGAAAGAACCUCCUUAUCUCCAUCAAGUUCAGAGGAGGAGAAAUCCCGAAUAAAAAGAAAGUUAAGGGUUAAAAAAUGACCAUUUAGGAGAAAAGUAUUUGGUGAAUAUUCUAACAAGUGAUGAGUCAUAAAAUGAGGAGCUGGACGGUUUCAGGAAGAAAUAAUAUACGUAAUCACAAUAGUCCAACAAUUAUGGAAUAUAUUAAUAAUGUACAUUUUUAAUCAUCUCAACGUGUAAAAAAUGAAUGAAUAAAAUCUCCAAUCUUUUCAAUACAGUUAUAAAUAA